AGACAAUCCUUGCGUAUUACACAUUAUAAAAGAUGAAUCGCAAUGGAAUUAAUCCGACUUACAUAGUAGAAGCGUCUACGAGUUCAUAAUGUUUUGUCUCAAAACAAUAUUGGCGGUCACGCUUUUCAGCCUAUCUACGUAUGAUAUGGUUACAACGGACGCCACUGGUGGUACACGCCAAGACGUGCCAAUCCUACCACGAUUACCAUCCAACUAUCACUGCUUAUCAAAUGCUGACUGCAAUACAAACCAAUGCUGUUAUAAAGUACCGAAAUAUCCUAUUAUGAGUAAACGUUUCCUUGAGCAAUUUAAUACACCUACUCCUGGUUCUGAUGGUCCAUUUGGGGAUUAUUACAUUGGAUCCAAAUGCUAUAAUAGAGUCGGGGAAGGAGUUUUCUGUGGAUAUUCGCAUUGCGGGUGCCUUGGAAAUAAAUCAUGCCAAAUGGUACCAAUUUCAACUACUCCGAAAGUACUAAUUUCAACUUCACCAAAUUACAAUACUCCGAUUUUACCAAUUUUCUCUACUCCAGUAGCACAAGUUGACUCUACCCCGACGGUGCAACGCGGUCGGAGAACGCCCCUACCAAUGUUUCCUGGUUAUGACUAUAGAUGUGUGUAAAAAGAGCAAU